CCCCAGGCGCGACGCGCUGCAGCUCAACAAGGCUGCUUUUAGCCAAGGGUGGUUGAACUAAGCCUUCGCGGAUCAAGGUGGUUGUACGGCUGUCAACCAUAGGGCAGUCCGUGUGCGGUGUAGGAAUCUGGGCCCUAACGGGCCUCCGUAGUUGCCUUUCUGUAGUGGGCGGGGCCGAGGCCGGGGUGACCCUGCCGGAGCCGCCGCUGCCAGCGACAUGUUCAAGGUAAUUCAGAGGUCCGUGGGGCCAGCCAGCCUGAGCCUGCUCACCUUCAGAGUCUAUGCAGCACCAAAAAAGGAUGCGCCUCACAAAAAUUCUAUGAAAGUUGAUGAGCUUUCACUCUACUCGGCUCCCAAGGGUCAAUGUAAAUAUGUGGAGGAGCCAAGGACUCAACUUGAAGAAAGCAUCUCACAGCUCCGACAUCAUUUUGAGCCGUAUACAAGUUGGUGUCAGGAAACAUACUCCAAAACUAAGCCCAAGAUGCAAAGUUUGGUUCAAUGGGGGCUAGAUAGCUAUGAAUAUCUCCAAAAUGCACCUCCUGGAUUUUUUCCAAGACUUGGUGUUAUUGGUUUUGCUGGCCUUGUUGGACUCCUUUUCACUAGAGGUUCAAAAAUAAAGAAGCUUGUGUAUCCACCUGCUUUCAUGGGAUUAGCUGCCUCUAUCUAUUACCCACAACAAGCCAUUGCAUUUGCUCAGGUCACUGGAGAGAAGUUAUAUGACUGGGGUUUACGAGGAUACAUAGUCAUAGAAGAUUUGUGGAAGGAGAACUUUCAGAAGCCAGGAAAUGUGAAGAAUUCACCUGGAAAUAAGUAGAAAACUCCAUGUUCUGCCCAUUUUAAUCAGUUGUAGGUAAACAAUGGAAACUCCAGACAGUAAAUCAGUAUUUCUACAGAAAAAAAUGGCAGAGAAGUCAGUAUUGAAUAUAGUAAACUGGCCUUCUUCUUCAGGAAAAUCUAUAGUAGGCCUUUUCAUUAUCUUGGGUAAUGCCAUACCACAAGUGGACUAAGCUGAAAUCCUUUUACCUGGAGAUAAUGUACAAGCCUUAGAACUCUUCAUUCUCAUGUCACUAUUUAUGUACAUAAUUAAAAUCCAAAUUAAAAAAAGGUGUCCUGCUUUCUUUACCGAUAUCAUUGAUAGUUUAAGCAUAUCUUGUAUUCACAUAUAUGCAUAGUUAGUGUGCGUGGUGCAUGUUUCUGUGUGUAUGCAUGUUGUUUGCUAAAGACAACAUUAACUCUUCUUUGGACAGUAGCAGAUAGCAGUCUGCAGAGUUUGAUUCCCCAAACCCAAAGGAGGGCAGAGGAGAGGGGCUCUAGGUAAGAGAUGAUGCUUUAAAAAUCAACACAAGGAAAUGCUGGGGAGUGAUAUUGGCCAAAUUAUAUUGUUAUAUUGUAUGGAUGUAUGAAUAUGUAACAACAGAUCCCAUCAAUAUAUACAACUACAAAACACCAAUAAAAAAUGUGGAAGAAGAAAAAAACCAACACAAGGAACAAUAAAUAACACAGUUUGCUUGUACUAAUUAGAAGACAUAACAGAAGAAAACUGUAAUAGUAACCCUUGUUGGGACUGUCAUCUCCCAGUUUAUACAGAUCUUCCAGAUCUUGAAUGGAAGUGAGAUUCAUAAUGAAGCAGUAUAUGUGCUCUGCCAGUGGAUGAAUGGGGAUGUGGCUAUGUGUAUCAACUCUUUGUAUAGUUGUGUCCUCCCACUUUGUGGCCCUUGAAUGCACCACAGAUGGAUUUCUCUGUUCCCAGGGCAAGGAUCAGCAGGAGUCUCUUUUUUUGAAUUGUCAACUAGCCAGGAAGGAUGGCAAGGGCAAUAUGAGAGAAUUUUAAAUUUCCAAAUUUUAGACUGUUUUGGAAACUGUAAGCCUUUGAUGCUUGUCUUCAGUAUAAUUCCUAAUUGUUGAUCUUCCAGAAUCGAUAACGGUUGGGAAGAUAGCCAUGCACAAAUAGAAAUGCAUGUAUUAGUAUUAAAUACUUUUAAUAGAACCAAAAUGGCAGGAACACAGCUGGUAUUGUUACUGAAUUCAGUGAGCUAAAGCAAAGUUGUACAUUGGAUAAUCCUAGUCACCCAGAAAUCUUACUUUUUUGUGUUACUGGACAAAUCAUACAAAUAUAUUAAAGCUGUGCCUAAAUUAUAAA